AUGUUCCGUUACUCUGACCGCUCCAUAUUUGGCAUUGGGGAAAUUUCUCCAUGUUUUGUUGGGACGACCCUUGGAAAUUUCCCAAAUGUGACUGAGGCCAUUCCCGUGCUGCAAAAAUUGUUAUGUGACCUAAGAAAUCAAGCUGCAUCAGGCGGUCCUCUGCGAAAGUAUGCAAUGGGAGAAGCAAUGCUUCAAGGUCGUGUCUUAUACGUGCUUGUCCAGUGUACUCCUGACUCACAAGAGCUUCAAUGCGAAGAUUGUUUGGAUAAGUAUAUUGGACUUAUUCAAACCAAUAAUAUUACAAGGAAAGGUGGAGGAGCAGAUAUCGUGGGGCCUAGCUGUAACAUAAGGUAUGAGUUAUACCCUUUCUAUCAGAGUCUGCCUGAUGCACCACCACCAUCUUCAUCACCAUCUCCAUCUCCAACGACUGAUUUUCCUUCUCUUUCACCAUCCAAUGGCACAACUGAGAACUUUUCCGAUGCUAACAAGCUAGGACAAGGUGGAUUUGGCAUUGUUUACAAGGGUAUGCUUCUCAAUGGACAAGAUAUAGCUGUGAAGAGGUUGUCUAGAGGUUCUGGACAAGGAGAACUUGAAUUCAAAAAUGAGAUCCUAUUAGUAGCAAAGCUUCAUCAUAGAAAUUCGGUUAGACUUCUAGGCUUCUGCUUUGAAGGAAUGGAAAGACUUCUCAUAUAUGAGUUUCUACCUAAUGGAAGCCUUGAUCACUUUAUAUUUGAUUUGGUUCGGCGUUCACAAUUGAAUUGGAAAAAACGUUAUGAAAUUAUAAAAGGCAUUGCUCGAGGACUUUUUUACCUUCAUGAAGAAUCUAGGAUCCAGAUUAUUCAUUGUGAUCUCAAAGCCAGUAAUAUUUUAUUGGAUGCAAAGAUGAAUCCUAAAAUAUCAGAUUUUGGCAUGGCAAGAUUGUUUUCAACAGAUCAAACUCAAGGCAAGACAAGUAGAAUUGUGGGGACCUAUGGGUAUAUGGCUCCAGAGUAUGCAAUGCAUGGAAACUUCUCAGUUAAAUCAGAUGUAUAUAGUUUUGGAGUAUUGACUCUAGAAAUUAUGAGUGGUCAAAGGAACAAUUGUUUCCACAACGGAGACAAUGUGGAAGAUCUUCUAAACCAUGCAUGGAAAAGUUGGAGGGAAGGGACAAUAUCAAAUUUGAUAGAUCCUAUAUUGAGGUGUGGUUCAAUAAGUGAAACUAUGAGAUGUGUCCAUAUUGGUUUGCUAUGUGUUCAAGAAAAUGUUACUAAGAGACCAACCAUGGAUUUCGUUGUUCUCAUGCUUAGUGGUAACUCUCUCACUCUCCCAGUGCCUUCAAGACCUCCAUCUUUUAUGCAUAGUAGCAUGGAGUAA